AUGAGUAGCUUGAGGCAGCACUUCCAGAGCUUCCUGGAGCAGAAAAACAUUGUCACCAAUGUACUAGGGAAGCUGGAGAUCUCCGGAAUCAAAAAGUACUACCUGGCUACAGGUUCAAUUGACUUCCCGGCUCUCUGUCUCACAUUAGUCUAUGGUGCCUCACUGCUCUGCAAUCUCAUUGGAUUCAUCUACCCAGCAUAUGCCUCCAACAAGGCCUUUGAAAGCCCCAGCAAACAUGAUGAUACCAUCUGGUUAACCUACUGGGUGGUAUACAGCAUAUUUGGCCUAGCUAAGUUUUUCUCUGACAUCUUCCUUUUCUGGUUCCCCUUCUACUAUGCAGAGAAGUGUGCUUUCUUGCUAUGGUUCAUGCUUCUAAUAGCCUGUAAUGGCUCCCAGAUUUUGUGUCAUCACCUGACCUUCCCCAUCUUCCUGAGGCACAAGGCUUCCAUAGACAGCCUGGUGAUUGACCUGAGUAGGAAUGAACCCUGGACACAGCGGCCGGUCUGA